CGUCACAACUGGAGUGUGUCGGAUGCACGAUUCGCGAAGGCCCGGGCGAAGAAGAUCAUUGGCAGAAAUGUUUGAUUAGUUUAAUUUAAAACGUACCUUUAUAUCAAGGUUGAGGCGACCUAAUGGCGAUAAUGAAAAUAUAUGUUGUAAACUUUGUUGCUGGGAUUUUUUUAAAUCUGACUGAGUACCCGGAAGUAAAUGUGAUCAUGUGACAUAUUUACUCCGCCAUAUUGGUUUUCUAUGGCUUCGUAAAAGCGAAUGCGAAAAUCGCGACAAAAUGUCGGAAAGUUACGAUUUUCUCUUCAAGUUUUUGGUGAUAGGUAGUGCUGGUACCGGAAAGUCGUGUAUUCUUCAUCAAUUUAUAGAAAGUAAAUUUAAACAAGAAUCAAAUCAUACGAUAGGAGUGGAGUUUGGUUCUAAAGUUGUGAAUGUAGGUGGAAAGUCAGUAAAAUUACAAAUAUGGGACACAGCAGGGCAAGAAAGGUUUAGGUCAGUCACAAGAAGCUAUUACAGAGGAGCAGCAGGAGCUCUACUUGUAUAUGAUAUCACAAGUCGGGAAACUUACAAUGCUUUGGCUAAUUGGUUGGCUGAUGCAAGAACGCUAGCAAGUCCAAAUAUUGUUAUUAUACUAUGCGGUAACAAGAAAGAUUUGGAAGCUGAUAGAGAAGUGACGUUUUUAGAAGCGAGCAGAUUUGCUCAAGAAAAUGAAAUGAUGUUUUUAGAAACCAGUGCACUUACUGGUGAAAAUGUAGAAGAGGCUUUCUUAAAAUGUGCAAGAUCAAUUCUUACUAAGAUUGAAUCAGGUGAACUUGAUCCAGAGAGAAUGGGAUCCGGAAUACAAUACGGCGAUUCAUCACUUCGCAGAACCAGAAGAAUACCAGACCAAACUACACAGCAAUGUAAUUGUUAAAGCCAAUCUAUAAUGAGUUGUUAAUAUACAAACAAACAAACACUAGACUUUUCUCAUCACAAAUAUGUUCCUGCCAUUAGCUGUGAGAAUGUUUCAUCUUAUUGGGGUAUAUCUGGAGCUGCAUUUAAAACCAGUUAUGUGGGUUUUGUUGUUCAGUCUCAAAGUGGUUGCAAACUAUUAUUAUUUUCAAUGCGUCAAGGCUUGCUUUACUUGCAAUUGGAAUCAGUAUUUUGCAUGUGAAUAGGAGCAGAAUUGUCAUUAAAAUUGAAAUCAGGUUCCCACAAUGUAAUAUCUGAACUUAGCAAACAUGCUUCUAACUUCUGGUAUUUUCAAAAAAGUUUCUCUCAUUUGAAUAAUGUGCAUUCAUUUGUGUACUCAUCAGAAUCUGUUUAUUGUUAUUUCUCAUUCAAAA